UCCACUAAUGCCCCAAAGCCGCAGCUGCCACACCGGCCGGCCACGGAGCGCCGCACGCUGCCAGCGUUGAUCAAUAAUUCACCAGCUCGACGCCUCCCCGACCCGGGUCGACUGAGGUUACGACUUAUAUUUACUCACUGUUACAAGAGUAAAAUAGCGGACUGAACGUGUUACUCUCGCGUGUUUUAAAAUGCAUCAGUGAGUUUUCGCCAACGCGCGAGAUCGUUUUGGCAGGUCCCCGCGGCGCGUCAACGGAUAGAUUGUCGCAAUGUGCGGUAAGUGAUCGCGGCGGAGUUUGAAGACGCCUCUCGCUUUCAUCUGUCUGACACUCAAGAGGUGUGUUACGAGAGGGACGGGGGUCCCGUAAUGGACAACCACGGGAUUAAAAGAGCGUGAUGUGUUUGCGAGCAGUAAAGGACAUAAAGAAAUAACUCACUGUCGCUCGCUGUUUUAUCCAGAACGUCUUCGUUGCGCGCUAGCGGCGGUUGAAUUUUAACUGCGCUUGUCAGUUCCCUGGUCGGCACUGUUUUGCGAGUCUUUCUUGUUACAAGGCCGAAGAAACAGUUGGGGAGUAAUUUUUUUUAGAUAAGUUUAGCAACCGGACAAUUCAAAGUUUACAAGCAGCAGCCGGAUAAUCCUUCAGUCGUUCCGUUUAGGUCCGGAUAAAAGGUUUACUUUUACAGACGGAGCAAACUGGGAAACAGCGCGACUUGUUGCGUUCUUUUUUCGCUUCCGGUAUCACCGCAGAAACCGACGGGUGCACCCGUUCCCUCUCUGUUUUUUGGACGCCGAGGCUUUUAAAGAAAAAUGGGUCUGUGAGGAGAGCUGGCAAAUUCCCCUGAACUACAAUGGCCACAGAACCGUAUCUGGUGCAUGAAGGUCCCCACCGGGCCCCGGGCAUCUCCGAGUGCUUCCUUGUGCCUGAAUCCUACAGGGAUGAAUUCCAUCCCUUCAUCGAGGCUCUACUCCCGCACGUCCGGGCGUUUUCCUACACCUGGUUCAACCUGCAGGCCCGUAAGCGCAAGUACUUCAAAAAGCAUGAGAAGCGCAUGUCCAAGGACGAGGAGCGUGCCGUCAAAGACGAACUCCUGGGCGAGAAGCCCGAGAUCAAGCAGAAGUGGGCGUCGCGGCUGCUGGCCAAGCUGCGCAAAGACAUCCGGCCGGAGUUCCGCGAAGACUUCGUGCUCACCAUCACGGGCAAGAAGCCGCCGUGCUGCGUGCUGUCCAACCCCGACCAGAAGGGCAAGAUCCGCCGGAUCGACUGCCUGCGGCAGGCGGACAAGGUCUGGCGACUGGACCUGGUGAUGGUGAUCCUGUUCAAGGGAAGCCCGCUGGAGAGCACGGAUGGAGAGAGACUGAUCAAAUCCCCGCAGUGCUCCAACCACACCCUGUGCGUGCAGCCGCACCACAUCGGAGUGUCCGUCAAAGAGCUGGACCUGUACCUGGCCUACUUCAUCCAUAUGCCAGAAUCCGGGCAGUCGGACAAUUCCAGUCAGCAAGGCGACACAGACAUCAAACCUCCGCCAAACGGACAUCUGAGUUUUCAGGACUGCUUCGUGACUUCUGGGGUUUGGAACGUAGCCGAGCUUGUACGAGUGUCUCAGACACCAGUAGCAACAGCGUCAGGUCCCAAUUUCUCUCUCGCCGAUCUGGAAAGUCCUGGUUACUACAACAUCAACCAGGUAGCGCUCGGCAGACGUUCACUCACCUCUCCUCCAUCCACAAGGUCUGAGGUGGAGCUGUAUGCCAGUCUUCCUCGCAGUUCUAACAAGCGUAAGUCUAUAGAUGACAGUGAAAUGGAGAGUCCGGUCGAUGACGUCUUUUACUCCAGUCGUUCUCCAGCCGGCACCAGCUCCCAGUCCAGCGGCUGGCCGAAUGACGUAGAUGCAGUUGCAGUUCAGCACCAUUUGACGAGUGUUCAGGAGAGGAAGAUAAAACAUGAGAAUGAUGGCGUGCAGUUCUCAUACCAUGGGUUGUCCUCUCCUGGGUCUCUAAAGAAGCCAGCGGGAAAAUUCGAUUUCAGCGCCCUGUCCGCGCAGACGAGGUCCCCCCGAAUGGCCUUCACACACCACCCGCUGCCCAUGCUAGCAGGCGUGAGACCAGGAAGUCCUCGUGCCUCAGCCUCUGCCCUUCAUUUUCCUGCUCCCUCCAUCAUCCAGCAGUCCAGUCCAUAUUUCACCCACCCCACCAUCCGCUACCAUCACCAUCAGGACCCACUCAAAGAGUUUGUCCAGUUCGUCUGCGCUGACGGCUCGGGCCAGCCGGGUACACAGCCUAACGGGAGCGGUCAGAACAAACUGCCCGGCUCCUUCUUACUGCCACCUCCUCCAGUAGCACGGCCGGUGCCGAUGCCCCUUCCCUUGCCCGAGCUCAAACCUGGCCACACACACCCUGAGAGCGGGAUCGGCUCUCCGGCCUCGCCGUCAGCAUACCCAGCGUCAGGCUCCACAGCUUCCAACAGGUUUGUCGGCAUCGGAACACGGGGGGACAACUUUCUGAACAUCCCACAGCAGACUCAGUCAUGGUUCCUUUGACAAGACUUUUCGUGAAACAGAAAAUCCCCAAUGAAAACUGGAAAAGGAGUCACAAAGCUAAGUACGGAAGUUUCUCACACGCCCCUCAGACGUCUCGCACACAAACACACGCGCAGAUACUCAAUUCCCGAAAACUCCAGCACGAGGAUUUCGAAGACUUCAGCAUUGACGACGGAUGACCCUAAUGGAAGAGACCAUCCGAAUGAAUGACUUUCGUUGUCUUCAUAAUGAUGCAGUGCAAACCAUGCGUUUAACCCUUUACAUUCACCACCCGUAUGACCCAUGAUGAGAAAACCCUGUGCAAACUAAUCUGGAAAGACACAUUCGACUGAAAUUAUUGAAGGUGACAUGAAAUGUAACCUGGAUAUGUUAAUCAUGGACUUUAUUGAUAUGUAAACGCCCAGGGUCACGCCUCUGAUUGGAUAGGCAGGACUUAACAGGACCCUUCUGAUUGGCUAAUCCCAACCCUUCCAGUCUGGAUUUGCUGAUAUUGGCGACGCCUUCCAGUGCAGCGUGGGCUCAGCAUCCUCUCCGUUUCUUGUUGACAAGCAAUAGACUGCACAUUAAACGACAUGCAACACUAACCAUGUGCAAUUCACGUAAACAUAUGCACUAUUGAUAUGAUCAAUGACCUGUUCCUGAGGUUAACGAUUCGCUUUGAUAACCAGACUGACUACACACACAUCAUGGCUUAAACAUGCAAACACAUGAGAGACAUCUUAACACGUCACAGAGAACCUGGCUGCUGGUCUUAAAACAGUAACACUGAUAAAACAACUUUUUCUUCAUCUGUAUUUGUGUCUUGCUUUUCAACAAGAUCAAAAAUGAACUUUAAGGAUUAAAAGUAUUUGACUUUUGCCAACCUUUUGAUGGUUUAUUCAUUAAAACCAAGCUACAUUAUCACAGUUUAGCUUUGUCAAGAAGACGUCGAUGUUUAUGGUUUAGGAAAGCGAGACAGAAAUAUACAGAUGCAGAAAAUGCUGUGAAUGGGAAGGGUCGAGCACAAGUGAUGGACUUAAUGUCCAGUUUUGGAAUAUUUGGAUAAUUAUUAGUGUUUAUGACAGGCCUGUAUUUAUAAACUAAUGAGGGGUUAAGCACAUCAUUCAAUCUGAGCGCUUGUGCAUCCACAUAUUCAGUAUAGGCCCUGCAUACAAGGUCCUGUUUUUGCCGUAGGUUUGGUUUUGCCGUACAUUUUUGAUUGAAACUCACAAGUGCUUUCAUGUUAGGUUUUAUUUCACCCCGGAUUAAAAUAAAACUAGAUUUGUCAUAAAGAAAAUUAAUUUUCGGUUAAGGUCCAUUUAAAAUGUUUUUGCAUUGUGAUAUUUUAAUGACAACACAUUCUCUUCUCAGUUACGAUUGCCGUUGUGUUCGUACAGUAUUACUUUAGCUCAAUUGGUAGAGCGUUAGCGGUUCAAUUCCCGGGGGAACAUACUUUUCUUGUAAGUUACUUUAGAUAAAAGCAUCUGCCAAAUUAAUAAAUGUAAAAUUGUUAAAAAAAAAAUGAUUGAGUUUUCGGAAAUAUAAAACUAAAAAGUUUUUUAUGAUUUCACAAAAGUUUAAUUCCUUCCAGAAAAUGUUCUUCUUUAAAGGUGCAGUGUGUCAUUUUGAAAAAGAUCUCUUGACAGAAAUGCAAAAUAAUACUAUAUUAUCAGUUUUUAUAUAACCUUUUUAUAAUGAACCAUUAUGUUUUUAUUACCUUAUAAUGAGACGUUUUUAUCUAAAUACACGUGGGUCCCCUUACGUGGAAGUCGCCAUUUUGUGCCGCCAUGUUUCUACAGAAGUCCUUAACGGACAAACGUUUUUUACUUAGUUGUCUCCGACCAUGACAUAUUUUUCCGGUGGCGGCUACCGUAGCUUGUCUAUGCGUUUCAAAAGUAAGGGGUGAGCAGUGGACUGAGCUGUUGGUUGCAACUCGCAACCUCACCACUAGAUGCCGCUAAAAUUUACACACUGCACCUUUAAAUAUAUAAACAUGCUUUAAAAACAAACAUUUCAUCCUACCUUCAUGUGUUCUCUUUUUAUCACCUCUCAAAUAUGAAUAGGUUUCUUCAAAAAGACCAAAUUUUGAUAAUAACGUUUUUGUGAAGGACUUUUGAUGGAGAUCAGACUCCGAACGAAGAUCAAAACAUACAUGGAUUUUGAACUAUUUGCCCUAAGGGAAUACUUCCAGGUUUUAUAAGUUGGGUAAAAGCGCCACCUGGUGGAUAAUAGCGGAUAUACGGAUUGCCGAAAAAACUCGUCAUUGGCAGGGAAGCGUUUUCUCUUAAUUGUCCAGUUAAAGCGUCAAUGAAGGGGAAAGAGUUAAUCAACAAAUAAUUUAAGAUGAGAUGUAUUACAAUAAUUUUACAUCAUAUUACAUCCAAUGAAAUCAUUUUAUAGAAUCAACAUUAAGAAUAGAGAAUUGUAAAAAAAACGUAAAAUGUCCAGACACAUUACGAUCAUGAAAAUUUAAGGUGGAAAUGUACUUUAAAGCCCAGAGUUUUUUUUCGAGUAGUCAAACAUACGUGCACAGUGGACUGCACAGCAUAGUUAAAUUGACUCGUAUGUGUACGCAGACGUUCAACGCAAAAAAGCAAUGCUUCUCCUGGGCUACAUACAACAUUCACUUGUAUGCGCAAGGUUUUAAAAAUCCAGUGGUGCGCAUACAGUACGGUGUGCAUUAUUCUAAUGGCGAAAAUUGCGUCAGGCACACUGUACACGGACUCUCACGUAUGGAUCAUAUUUUGACCUUAAUGGUACAAAAAUAAUAUCACAAUGCAAAGAAUCUUAAUGUUCCUUAACAUUCAACGCAAUAUCAUAGCAAUUCAUAUGUAUUUUACGAGGUGGAUAAUUCGUAUUAAUUUGUACGACCAAUUUCGUACGUUUUUGUACGAUUUGCUUUUGCCCCUUUCAUGUUGGAGUUAGAGGCGGGGUAAGGGGUGAGGUUUCAUUCAUGUUUUUUAAUGAAAAUCGUUUCUGUAUGAUUCACUUUGUACAAAUUGGCCUCUUAAAAUACGUACAAUUUUUUUUUUAUUUUGGGGUGAAAUAUGACAUGAACAUGCAUCUGUGAGAUUAAUUCACUCUAGCGUUGUUUGUUUUCUGGUUUUUGUGCGCUUUUGGUUUUCACACCUUGAUUCCGGCUCCUUCAGAUCGGACUUCUCUUGAAAUUGUGCUUUCCAAAGUUUUUUCUUUGUAGAGUAACAGGAUCAAGUUUGAACAUAUCACUAAAUUCUCCUUUAACUAAUGGACAAUCCAGUCUUUUCAUCAUGAACCAGAUUUUAUGUCGACAGUGCUGUACCCUUCCGACCCAUCACACUCUCCAUCCAUUUACAGUUUAUUCAUGUCAUCAAACAUCACUUUUUCUCUUCACAUCUAGUUUUCACCACACCAGUACAGCCUAGUUCACACGACAAUCUGCCAACGGCUGCAAUUCUUAAGUAAGCCCACCAGCAUAAAUAAGAAACGUACACACGACAUUGCACUAAGACACAUUAUUAAAGGACAAAGGGAAACCUUUAAACUCAACUUCUCCAAAUGUGAUUUCAGACUUCACGAUGUAUUCCCUGUUGACACGAACGAAAUAAAAUGGAGAAAAUGUUUCGCUCUUCAAACCACUGACUUCACUAAAUAACUGGACUGCCUGGCUGUCAAUCACACGUCAGGGACUCUGAUUGGCUGGUGAUAUUUUACCAUCCACUUGAAACGCAAUCAAAGUGCCUCGUGUCCCCUUAACAUGCAAUUCAGGGUCUUCACUUCAUGUAUAAGCUACAGAAUAAAUAUACAACAUGUGCUUAGCAAGAAACAACAUACAGUAUGAACAUCUGCAAACAUAUUUAUAGAUUUAUGUUAUCCAGAUCAUAUUGUACUCAUACUGUGUGUGUAUAUAUAUAUGGACAUAUGUAUAGUUCUGCCGCUGUGACAUUAGCUCAAUGGCAGUCUAGUUAUUUUUUGACCCAUCACCUGUGUCAGUGAUGUCAUCACAAAAUGUCCUUUUUAUUAAUAUAACACGAAAUCGUCUUUCCAGAACUUACGGCAUCAUAUCAGGUGUGUUAUAGAUCAAAUACAAAAAAGUACACCUUUUUUUUUUUUUAAGAAACAUUUUCUUUGGUAAG